GUCGAUCUGGCUGAACUCAAAUUGUCCAUUCCCUUCCCAAAAGCCCUUUAGAUGAUCCCAUGUCCUCGGUAUUUCGUUUCGGUAGACCUCACCGCUGUCAAGACAACAGUCCGUUGAACACGUGAUACGUCGCACAGUCAUGGAUGUCGUUCUGUCCUGCACAGACGCUUGGGAGCUCGCAUUGGUAGGCAUUUCCUCCGAAGGUAUUCCCAAGUGAAUUCUCCGCCGCCAUGAUAAAGCAAGGCUCUGAGAAAAGAAAAAUUCCGGAGCGUCAUUGGUAAAGAAAUGGUUCAUUUUGAUCACCCAACAUCUGAGAAUGAAUUCAUGUCAGUCUGCAUUUGUCAAUUUCUAGUGCUCACAGAUUCCCAGUGCAAUCCAGCAGUACCAAACAGCCUACCCACGCUGCUGCGGCCUGGCGAUUGAACUUGUCAGCCUUGAAUAUGCCGAAGAGACGUGUGGCAGCGAGAGAUGGUUGAUGUCGAUCAUGCUUGCCCCUCAACACUCCUCGAACUGGGAGAGACUUCUCGCUCAUUACGAAGCCCCUCCUUUUCUGGAUUCAUCACGCGGCCUUAGAACUCGAUGUCCUGGAUGAUUGGCUCCAAAUGGAAGACUCUCGAUUGCUAACAGUCAGGGUCCUUCCAUGGUCUCAAGACGACGCUCAUCAUUUUCGCCAACGCACCCUUUGAAGUCGAUCCGACACGCUAAAAGCCUUCGGGGCUACCUUCCCAACUCCUACUGACGAUGUCGAGCACAACUUGAGAGAAAUACGGUUUUCCUUGCCUGUUAGCGGGUGGCCUUACGUUGAAUUUUUCCUGACCACGCCCAAAGCUCCGUCGGGACGACCAGCUUGGCGAGCCAUACUGAGAGUGAUCAGAGAGUCCCGCAAUGGCCUCCUCUUCCUCCCUCUGUGGUGUCCCCUUUCAGGCCAUCCAGUGCAUCGCCUUAACGUGCUUCGCAAUAGGACGAUGCGCCACACCCACAAAUCAAACUUCCCGCUUUCCGAACACGCACUAUCCGUCACGCUUUGAUACGAUCCUACGAGAUUGGGAUUUAGUCAACCAUCCACCCUAAGGUCUCAUGCGAGAGGAGAGCCACAGCCCGGCGAGAUCCACCCUCCUUGCUAAGGCCAGGCUACCGCAGACACCCCUUCUCUCGCCAAUCGUCGCUGUUCACUGCCUCUCAUGGUAUAGCAUUCGAAAUCCUCAAUGCCACCAAGCCACGUCGACUCUUCGCAAGGAAUUACUUAGCUGCAUGGCCAAUGAGCUAACCCCGUCGUCCGACUUUCCCGGACGUCAAGGUGACCCAAGCUGAUGAGGCGUGCUUAGGACCUAGGUUCAACAUGACAUGAACUUCCUGUGUCGUUUUGGAACCGGCGCAAUGAGUUUGCUUCGUGCUCUCGAUUCUCCCCACUCAAAAUUUACGCACGAUUAACACUUCACUUGAAUCGAAGCUUACUCCAUCGUCGAGGAGAUGGAAGGAGGCGCUACCAGUUCUCAGAUUCCACGCCCAAUCUAGUCGGAAGACAGCGCGCAUCACUUUAUGUGUAAAUAUGGCGGCGGAAAUGGUGGCGCACCGAGGCCCAUAUAUCAUGUCGCGCGAUACAUUGGCAUCUGGCAGGCUGACCGCUCAACACUAUCUCAUCCUGAGAAGGUUGGGAUGGCUGCUUCAUCCAGAGAUUGCAGCACAGAUCAGAAGCCUUCAAAGGCUCGAAAUUGCGGAUGUCGCGUGUGGGAACGCCAUCUGGUCUCUCGACAUGGCCGUUGACUAUCCCCAUGCACGAAUAACAGGAAUCGACAUAUCCCCACAGCAGUUUCCGCCGCAGUUCACGUGGCCGCCGAACGUGACGCUGGAGAUCCAUGACAUCUUCCAGCCCAUGCCCGACCGAUAUGCUGGUCGAUUCGACGUUGUGCAUGUCCGACUGAUCAUGGCAGCGGUUUACUUUCAGGACAAAGAUUGGGUCAUGCACAACAUCGUCAGAUUAUUGAAGCCAGGCGGCUUUAUACAGUGGACCGAUGCGACGGUGCCGGUUCUCCGAGCGAUGAGCGACCCGCUGAGAUGCCCCGGCGCGUUUCGACAUCCUCCGGCGAUCACGGCGCCUUUGACCAGCUUGUUCUCCCACACCGAAUGGCUACGGCAUCUUGCCGCAGAGCUCCAGCGUCACGGGCUAACCAACCUUCGCUACGUCGAUAUGCCUCCGAUACCGUGGCUGUUGAGGCAGGACACAGACAAUGCAAUUUGGGCUCUGACGGACAUUCACGAAGGGUUGAAAGACAGAGCAUCAAGAGAAGUGUCUGACCUGUUUGGAAGAGCGGUGCACGAGACGCUUCAGGACAUCAGACAGGGCAGGGUCUAUUAUACCACAUAUUAUACAACCAUUGGUCAGAAGCCCGGAUAGCUUCGGGGGCCGCCAAGGGUAUGGACUCCGGAAACCCUCGUUCCUUCAACAGGGACGGCUGGCUCAGCCUUGUCACGUAACCAGGUGUUUCGGGAAACCACUCGCACGCCUUCCCCUGCGAAUAAAAGUUACCACUACGAUGUGGACAGAGUAUUGGAGAUCCUUUGAGCUUGCUGCCGUGGGACUAAGCGCACACAACAUGUGUGAGUCUGGCACAAAUAAAUGCGAAGGACAGGCAAUUGAGAAUGGGAGACAGUCCA